AUGUCAAGUGCAGGCAACGAGCUGAAGCUUCUGAGCACAUGGUUCAGCCCGUUCGGGUCCAGGGUGAAGCUCGCGCUCCACCUCAAGGGCUUGAGCUACGAGUACGUCGAGGAGGAUCUCAUGAACAAGAGCCAGCUCCUCCUCCAGAGCAAUCCCGUGCACAAGAAGGUUCCCGUCCUCUUCCACAGGGGCAAGGCUCUCUGUGAGUCCAUGGUCAUCGUGGAUUAUAUCGAGGAGGCCUUCCCUGACGCCGGACCGCGGCUUCUCCCCUCCGACCCCUACGAACGCGCCGUCGCUCGGUUCUGGGUUGCUUUUAUCGAGAACAAGUUUGUGGCGCCGUGGUGUCAGAUGUUCGAUGUCACCAAGACGCGCGAAGAGAAGGCCGAGGGGUUGAAGCAGAUUCUUGCGGCGAGGGCGACCAUGGAGGGCGCUCUGGAGGAGUACUCCAAGCAGGGGAAGCCCUUCUUCGGCGGCGACAGCGUCGGGUGCGUUGACAUUGCGCUGGGCGGACUGCUCGUGUGGGUGCGCGCGUCCGAGGUGCUGUCCGGCGUCAAGUUACUCGACGCCGCCACGGCCCCGCUGCUGUCAGCAUGGGCGGAGCGCUUCGCCGCGCUUGACGCGGCGAAGGCCGCCCUGCCAGACUUCGGCAGGGUGCUCGAGUACGCCACGAAGAUGCGAGGCCCCGCGGCCGCCAAAGCUGUGGCGGUGCUGAACAAAUGA